UUUGUACCAAAACGACAUCGUCCUCCUUCUCUCCCCGCUCUUACUUUUUCCCCAAUAUUCCUUUGCCUUCAGGCUUCAGCUACUAGACUAGAGUCACUUGACAAAGCCAGAUUUAAAGUUGUGAACUGGUUACGACGUCGUUUAACUCGUCUUCAUCUCCUAGGGUUUCUGAUAAUUCCACAUUUGAUACGCCAUGGAAGAUGUACUGACUGAGAUUCCGCCACCAUCGAGGUUCUUCCAGGAAGAUCUCAACAACUUCACACCUCCGUCGCCGCCCCUUCCCUCUCCCUUCCUCUUGUUCUCUCAAAACCCUGACGGAGCGGCGGCAGAGUUCCCUAUCCGCCCCUCUCUUCUCAUCGUCGCCCUAUCCUCCCCAUCCCUUCACCUCUUCCACAGCGUCUCCUCCAAAUCCCUAAUCGGAACCCUAAUCCUCCCGGAAACCCCCUUCUCCGGCAACUCAAUCGACCCCUCUCUCACAGACAAGUCCUGCAACAUCUACUCCCUCCCAAACCCCCGAAACCCUGAAUCCCCAACCCUUCUCGUCUCCUUCCAGUGCCCAAUCGCGGCCGAGAGAUGCCACGCGGUGGCCAAGCUGCUCACUUCUCAUCAGAUCGUCCCCCAGAGGGUCCUGAUUCUCGACUCGGUCCAGACCCUGAACUUCCGCGGUAAGCUCUCGAGGGACGAGGCGGCGGCGUUCAAGCUGGAGACCACCGCGGAAAGAAAGGCGCCGUCUUUGAAGCUGGAGUAUUUCCCGUCGGGCAGCGUCGUGGAUGGGCUGGGGGCGGCGCUGUUGGCCGCGUGCGAAAUCAAGAACAUCAGGGCGGCGCUCUGCAUGACAUGGCCGCAAUUCGGAGCUCCGGUGCUGUCCCUGAUCAGGUCCCACAUCUUCCGUGCCUUUGAUUUGGAAUUGAGCAUUGAUUCUGGUUGCGAGGAUUAUGUGAUUCUAGGGCAAGAUAAGGAUCACCAUCAUCCUUCUGAUUCUGAUUUGUAUACUUGACAUGUUUCUGGGUUCGUAGAAAUUCUGAAUUUUCUGCAAUGUUGUUGUAUUGGUCAUUCGAAUUUCGUUUUUCUGAUAUAUGGAUUUGAUAAGAUUUAAAAGAGAA